AUGGCUCUGCCGUGGGUCAAAUUAAUCCUCCAUGCCCUCUUAUUUGUGGCCAUAUGCGGAACUAUCGCACUAAUUCUCUGCAUUCGAGCUCUAUCAAUAUCGCAAAACUCCAAAGUUCCGAAAUGGCGACGGAAGAAUAGUCCAACUCAUCUUCUGGUCGUCCUAGGCAGCGGUGGACAUACCGCGGAGAUGUUCUCUAUGUUGCGGCGCAUGAAACUCGACCCCUCGAUAUAUACCCAUCGCACCUACGUUGUCAGCUCUGGAGAUAAUUUCAGCGCUGCGAGGGCCGUGGAGUUUGAGACAGAAUGGCUGAAGCAGAAUUCAAAGCUAUCGUCUUCUGCCAAUGGCAGCGACUUCGCAGAGUCCUACACCAUCGUCACGGUUCCUCGCGCGCGCCGUGUGCACCAGUCUUACCUGACUGCUCCUCUUUCAACCCUCCAAUGCUUCUACGCUUGCCUUCUUGUACUCCGCGGCCGUCAUCACGAACAGAAGUCGCCGCUUCUGAGAACAAACUCGCCAUACCCGGACGUUAUCCUUACCAACGGUCCGGCUACUGCUGUCUGUAUAGUUUUAGGCGCUAAAUCUCUGCGACUGUUUCACUAUCUGGGGUCUUACAUUAAUACCUCGUCAUCAUUUCAAUCGAAGAGAUCAGAGGAUGCACCAGCACCAGUUCACUUUCAGUUGCGUACCAUCUACAUAGAGUCAUGGGCGCGAGUCACAACAUUUAGUCUAACUGGAAAGCUAUUGUUGCCUUUUGCUGAUCGAUUUCUCGUGCAAUGGCCUGCCCUGGCAGGAAAACAGGCCUGGAGGGGCAUGAGGAAGACCGAAUACGCCGGUACGCUGGUAGACUAA